AUGUUUCACAUUAUACCACCAAUCGGUGUGUGUCUCAUCAUCCCACCAACCGAUGUGAUACUCAUCAUCCCACAAACUCGUGUGUUCCACAUGAUUCUACCCACCCACCAUUGUCCAUCAUCAUCCCACCAACCGACUCGUGUGUUCCACAUCAUUCUACCCACCCACCACCGUCCAUCAUCAUCCCACCAAUCCGUGUGCUCCACGUCAGAUGGGCUAGCUGGUGUGGUCUCUGAAGUGAAGACGCUCCUUGCUGACUCAGCCACCAUUCGAGCUGUGAAAGACGCAGGUUUGCUGCUCUUCUCCUAUGGCACCACCAAUGAUGGCGUGGAUGCAGCGCAUUUCCAGCAGUACCAUGGGGUGGAUGGCAUCAUUGUUGAUGACGUGGCAGGCAUGGCAAAUCAUGUGCUGAAUGUUACCCCAGAAGAUCUUCAACCACCAUUUGGUAAAUACGGGGUAUGA